AUGUCAUUCCUCCUCUCUAAGAAUCACCAUCGGGGAUCUGCGGCGUCUUUGCAUAAAGGGAAGACGAGAACGGCGAGGCGAGUUUACUUCUCCGUGGACGCGAACACGCCGAAGAAAAACGGUGGUACUACUACGAACAACAAAAAGAACACGAAUUCUGGAAAGAAAAAAGAAUCCAACGCGUACGCGGCGACGGUUUUGCUCCCGCAAACCACGUUCGAAAUGCGAGCGAAUUCAGUGCAGAAAGAACCACUCAUGCAAAAAUGGUGGCUGGAAAACAACGUGUAUAAACAAGUCGCGAAUCGAGACGAAUCGAAGGAAAAUCAAGAAUCGUUCACGUUACACGACGGACCACCGUACGCGAACGGAGAUUUACACAUCGGGCACGCGUUGAAUAAAAUUCUGAAAGAUUUCAUCACGCGGUACCAAGCGCUGCGAGGGAAGCGGGUGCGAUACGUACCCGGGUGGGACACGCACGGGUUACCGAUCGAGUUGAAAGUUCUGCAGUCGAUUGAAGACCCGGAGGUGAGGAAAAAUCUGACCCCGAUAAAGUUGAGGAAGAAAGCGGCGAAAUUCGCAUUGGGACAAGUGGAGAGGCAAUCGAAACAGUUUCAAAGGUACGGGAUUUGGGGCGAGUUUGAGAAUCCGUACAUGACGUUGCAACCGGCGUACGAGGCGAGCCAGUUGGAGGUUUUCGGGAAGAUGUUUUUGAACGGACACAUUUAUCGAGGGAAGAAACCCGUGCACUGGUCGCCGAGUUCGCAAACCGCGUUAGCGGAAGCCGAGUUGGAGUAUCCAGACGUGCACGUGAGUCAGUCGGUGUACGUGGCGUUUCCGAUCGAGGCGACUUUGGAAGGCGCGAACGCGAUAAAAGACGAGACGUUGAAAUCGACUUUACUAGACGGGUCGUUAAAGUUAGCCGUGUGGACGACGACGCCGUGGACGAUGCCGGCGAACGCCGCGGUGGCCAUGAACCCAAAGUUGGAAUACCGAGUGUGCGAUUUCAAAGGGGAGAAGAUCGUCGUCGCGAACGAUUUAGUCGCGAGUUUAUCGGAAACUUUAGAAGAUACGUUGACUGCGUUAGGCGAAAGCCCAUUCUUAGGCGCCGAAAUGGAAGGCUUGACGUAUCAACACCCGACUAUUAAAGACAGAGUAAAUCCGGUGAUUGUCGGUGGCGAUUACAUCACCACCGACGCCGGUACCGGCUUGGUGCACACCGCGCCCGGCCACGGCCAAGACGAUUACAUCGCCGGUUUGAAGUAUAACUUACCGUUACACUCUCCAGUGGACGAUUUGGGUAACUUCACCGAAGAAGCCGGAUCAGAAUUGUUCGGCUUAAACGUUCUCGGCGACGGGAACGAAAAGUGUAUCGAACAGUUACAAGCCGCGAAUGCUUUGUUGAAGCGAGAACCGUACGAACACAAGUACCCGUACGAUUGGCGAACGAAGAAACCGACGAUUUUUCGUGCGACUGAACAGUGGUUUUGCUCGGUCGAAGGUUUCAGAGACGACGCGUUGAAGGCGUUGGAUUCGGUGAAAUUCAUCCCGGAAUCCGGUUCGAAGCGCAUGCGUCCCAUGGUCUCCGGUCGCUCGGAUUGGUGCAUUUCUCGCCAACGCUCCUGGGGCGUGCCGAUCCCGUGUUUUUUCUUCGAAGAGACGAACGAAGUGUUGAUGGACGAAAGUAUCAUCAAACACGUGACUGACAUCGUUCGCAAAGAAGGCACGGACGCGUGGUUUAUGAAAGACAUCGAAGAGUUACUCCCGUCUGAACACAAAUCGAAAGCGUCGAGUUUGCGAAGAGGCACGGAUACCAUGGACGUGUGGUUUGAUUCCGGAUCAUCUUGGAACGGCGUCUUGAACGAGAGAGGCAUGAACGCCCCGUGCGAUUUGUAUUUAGAAGGUAGCGAUCAACACCGAGGCUGGUUCCAAUCGAGUUUGUUAACCUCGGUCGCCGCGACCGGGAGAGCGCCGUACAAGACGUUGUUAACGCACGGCUUCGUUUUGGACGAAAACGGAUACAAGAUGAGUAAAAGUAAAGGCAACGUCGUCGAUCCGAAUUUCGUCAUCGAAGGUGGGAAGAACCAAAAAACCGAACCUGGUUACGGCGCGGACACGUUGAGGUUAUGGGUCGCGAGCACAGAUUACAACUCGGACGUUUCCAUCGGCUCAAACGUCAUAAAACAAACGAGCGAAAACUACCGGAAGAUUCGAGGCACCUUGAGAUUUUUAAUGGGCGUAGAAAACGAUUUCAAAAGUAAGGAACACGCGAUCGCGUUCGACCAAUUACCCGGCUUCGAUCAGUACUGCCUCUAUCGAUUGGAGGAAACGAUGAAGAAAAUCGAAAUCGCGUACGAUAACUACAACUUUGCGGCGGUAAACUCGGAAAUCAACGCGUUUACCACGUUUUUGAGCAACGUCUAUUUAGACGUCUCGAAAGAUCGCUUAUAUUUAGGUCACCCGUCGGAUGCGAAACGUCGCGCCGCGCAAACAGUCGUGCACGAAUUAAUCACCAACUUAUUAGCCGCGUUGGCGCCGAUUUUACCGCACACCGCUGAGGAAGCGUUCUUAGCGCGAGACACGGUUGCCAAAGAGGACAAGCAAAUAAGCGUCUUCUUACAAGGUUGGCCUACGAAGAAGAAAAAUAGUAAUAAUAAUAGCAUCAUGUCUCAAGCUGACGCCAAGAACUGGGAAGCGUUGAUCGAUUUACGUUCCGUCGCGAACUUGGCCAUCGAAGACGCCCGGAACUCGAAACUGGUCGGCGCGAGUUUAGAAACGAGCAUCAAAGUCUUCGCCGAAGACGAAACGUUUUCUCGCUUUUUGAAAACCAACGAGCACUUUCUGAAGGAAAUGUUCAUUUGCUCCGAAGUGACUCUUUGUGCAACUCUGAGUGACUACGAAAAAAAAGAAGACAGAGAAGAAGAAUCAAAAGAAGUAUUCUCCAAAUCCGGAGACUCCGACGCCUGCGCCGGAAAACUCUUCGCCGCGGCUUCGAAAGCCUCCGGCGAAAAGUGUUUGCGAUGUUGGUGUUACUCCAACGCGUUGGGUACAACGGAUGCGAAGAAACACCCGAAGUUGUGCGAACGGUGCGGACCGAUCGUCUUGGACGUGGCGCCGGAUUUAGUCUACCACCAAGAAGCGUCUAACGCUGAAGCCGUCGGCGCUUCGUCGUCGUAA